CCCUCCCAUAGAGUGAGGCAUUCAACGCUGUAUAAAAACAGCAAGACAAGCUAAUGCGGAGACUGACUUAGUAAUAUUUCAAUAUUUCGAUUAGCGUAUACUUUAGCAACCCAUCGUACAGUACUCUAAAUUCUAGGAUAUAACCAGUCGCUUGUGGGCCAGACCACUAGUGGAAAAAAAUGUCAGUAUGCAAAAUUAUCAACAAAGCUGUAUUUUUGGUGUAUUACUUGUUCAUCGCAAGCGUCUGGGCUAAAUCCUGUGGUAGUCCGGGGGAGGUACUGAAUGGGCACUUUGUGUUUGAGGGCGUCUACUUUGGAGAUAAGGCCAGCGUUGUUUGCGAUGAGGGGUACCUGGUGGCAGGCAGGGACUACAGAGUGUGUCUAGACAAGGGCUGGGAUGGACAAAUUCCUGUAUGUGAAGUUGUUAAGUGUCCAGACCCUCCAGAGAUUGCAGAUGGUGAAAUCAGGAACCAGCGUUCAGGAGAUGUGGAGUAUAACACAGUUGUAGUCUACCAGUGUACAAAGGGUUUCUUGAUUGGAAGCAGGGAGCUUGUUUGCACCUUGCAUGGGAACUACAGCAGCUCGCCACCCCAGUGUAAAGAGAUCAGCUGCCAGAACCCAACACUGCCAAAUGGCAGGAAGACGGCAGGAUUUGGCCCAGAUUAUAAAUACAAAGAUGAUGUUAGUUUUGCUUGCAGUGAGGGAUUUGAACUCCUUGGAGAAAACGCUGUUACCUGUGAAGAAAAUAGUGAAUGGCACCCAAAAAUCCCAACAUGCAUUCCCCUUAAAAGGACGUGUGAUGCACCUCCUCCUACCAAAAAGAUUGCUACAUUACAGCCGGGGUACAUUGCAAAGUCGGAAUAUCAACCAGGUGAUCGUGUGUACUACAAUUGCAAACACGGAUUCAGAAAAGAUUUAUCCAAGCGGGACUAUAUCGUGUGUAAAAAAGAUCUGACUUGGACCUCACUCAAAUUGCGCUGCACACCUAAGUCCUGUGGUAGUCCGGGGGAGGUACUGAAUGGGCACUUUGUGUUUGAGGGCGUCCACUUUGGAGAUAAGGCCAGCGUUGUUUGCGAUGAGGGGUACCUGGUGGCAGGCAGGGACUACAGAGUGUGUCUAGACAAGGGCUGGGAUGGACAAAUUCCUGUAUGUGAAGUUGUUAAGUGUCCAGACCCUCCAGAGAUUGCAGAUGGUGAAAUCAGGAACCAGCGUUCAGGAGAUGUGGAGUAUAACACAGUUGUAGUCUACCAGUGUACAAAGGGUUUCUUGAUUGGAAGCAGGGAGCUUGUUUGCACCUUGCAUGGGAACUACAGCAGCUCGCCACCCCAGUGUAAAGAGAUCAGCUGCCAGAACCCAACACUGCCAAAUGGCAGGAAGACGGCAGGAUUUGGCCCAGAUUAUAAAUACAAAGAUGAUGUUAGUUUUGCUUGCAGUGAGGGAUUUGAACUCCUUGGAGAAAACGCUGUUACCUGUGAAGAAAAUAGUGAAUGGCACCCAAAAAUCCCAACAUGCAUUCCCCUUAAAAGGACAUGUGAUGCACCUCCUCCUCCUACCAAAAAGAUUGCUACAUUACAGCCGGGGUACAUUGCAAAGUCAGAAUAUCAACCAGGUGAUCGUGUGUACUACAAUUGCAAACACGGAUUCAGAAAAGAUUUAUCGAAGCGGGACUAUAUCGUGUGUAAAAAAGAUCUGACUUGGACCUCACUCAAAUUGCGCUGCACACAGUGGUGCAGAAAGCCUCCACCUGCCGUCCUGAAUGCAAAGCCACAGAUGUCAAAAAAGGUCUUUCAGGAGGGGGACAGACUGCACUACGAGUGUGAACCAGGGUACACAAGAGACAUCUCCACCCUGGCCUAUGUGACUUGUAACAAUUCCAAAUGGACUGGACCCACGCUGGUUUGCCGCCAUACAGGAUAAAGGCAGUCAUUUACACAGAACUGAAAAUUGCCAAUGUUGGUCUGUAGAACGCUAAAGAACCGAUUUCCUCCGAAUGGAUGACUCAAGCUUCAAGAUUACACAGAAAUAAAAAGCAUGUCCACUGUUUUUCUGCAUGGAAAUAUCAUGUAGAAAUAUAAUCACAUGUUAUUUUACAAAGUACAGAGCAUUCUAUUUUUUUAAGGCUUAAAUGCAUUUAUGGCAAAGAAGAUGUAGAGAAAGACGAUACAAGUUUGACAAUUAACAUUUACAUAACUAAAACUGUAUGCCUGUUUAUAUUUCCUUCUCCAUUAAACAUUUUCAUACUUGCUA